AUGUCUCUCAAAGAUUACUUCAACAAUAACCCAAGUCCUCUUCCUCAUCAUCAUAGUCGAUUCAAACCCAUGGACGAUUUAGGCAAUCGAGAAACAGUAAUGGAGAUUACUGAGCAGCAGCCAAAAAGAGUAGCGACGACGACUAUGUUAUCUUGCAACUAUUGUCACCGGAAAUAUCAUAGCGUACAUGCAUUAGGAGGACAUCAAAAUGCUCAUAGACGAGAACGUGCAGCUACACUAGCUGCACUCACAGCUUUUAAUUAUUAUAAAGCAAGUUACGGCAAGAACCUACAGCGCCGCCAUGGAUUCUCAUCAUCAAGUACGAGUUCAUUAUCAUUUUCGUCAUCAACUUAUACUCGUAUCAACUUUAUCAAGAAAUCAUCAUUAGGUAUCCAAGUUCGAUCCAUGGUACAAAAACCAGUACCUUAUUUAUCAUUACGGGAUUCUCGAUGCUAUUCUUGUUUCUAUGCGAAUGAUAAACACAACCACUCACACAACUAUACAUCUGAUUCUAGCCUGGAAGUUGGUCGGCCAUCAGACGUUAGCAAGUGCUCGGUCGUAAGUUCAUCUUUGGUGCCGCCCGAUGAGGGAGUAUUAAAGCUUGAUUCAUUUCUUAAGCUUUGA